AUGGCGAAGCGGUUGAUUCCGGCCUUGAAUCGGAUUUUGGUCGAGAAGAUUGUUGCUCCUUCCAAAACAGCCGGCGGCAUCCUUCUCCCGGAGAAAACCUCCAAGCUGAACUCUGGCAAAGUAGUUGCUGUGGGUCCUGGACUUCGUGACAAGAAUGGAAACCAUAUCCCUGUAGCUGUGAAGGAAGGAGACACCGUUCUUUUGCCCGACUAUGGUGGCAUGGAAGUGAAGCUUGCUGAUAAAGAGUAUCAUCUCUACCGGGACGAGGAUAUCCUUGGAACUCUUCACGAGUGA